ACGGCACAGCACCGGAGCCGCGCGGGGGCGCGUGCGCGAGGCCGCGCGCGCGGAACCCCGCCUCCCUGGAGUAGUUCAGGGACGCCGCGGACGCCGGCUGCCGCCCCGCGGUCGAGCUUCCCGGAGCUCUCCGGCGCCUGGCGCUUUCCGGCCUGCUCGGCGCGGUGAAGGAGCGGCCGCGGUCCCAGGAAAUAUUAGGAAGACGUGAUUUUCAAAGCCAAUUAUGAAAGCCUUUGUCAUCGGAAUUGGUGGUGUGACAAACGGCGGAAAGACGACGCUGGCAAAGAAUUUGCAGAAACGCCUCCCAAACUGCAGCGUCAUAUCUCAGGAUGACUUCUUUAAGCCAGAGUCUGAGAUAGAGAAAGAUAAAAAUGGAUUUCUGCAGUAUGAUGUACUGGAGGCACUUAACAUGGACAAGAUGAUGGCAGCCAUCUCCUCCUGGAUGGAGAAUCCAGGCCGCUCCCUGGAGCCCACAGCUGGCAGCAGUGCAGAGGAAAUGCCCAUUUUAAUCAUCGAAGGUUUCCUUCUGUUUAAUUAUAAGCCCCUCGAUGCUAUAUGGAAUAGAAGCUAUUUCCUGACCAUUCCAUAUGAAGAGUGCAAGAGGAGAAGGAGUACAAGGGUCUACGAGCCCCCGGACCCACCUGGGUACUUCGACGGGCACGUGUGGCCCAUGUACUUAAAGCACAGGCAAGAGAUGGACAGUGUCACCUGGGAGGUUGUGUACCUGGAUGGAACCAAAUCUGAGGAGGACCUCUUUUCAGAAGUCUAUGAAGAUCUUACCCAAAAACUAGCAAACCAGAGUCCAAGCACUGUUCUAGCAAAGUAGACAGUGAAGGGUAGACAGCCAAGAAAAUAGCUCAUCAGCUAGGCCAGAGCGGGACACCCAGGGCUGUAUUCAUUCACGCUUUGCUUUGAGGAUAAUUCAGAAGACUUGAUUGUUUUAUCAGGAUAUUUUUAAGGGUAAAAAUACUUAUCUUUUGUUCUCUCUCUCUCUCUCUCUCUCUCUCUCUCUCCACUUAAUGAUAUUCAUGCUAUUUUAAAAUUUUGGUACAUGGCCGACCCAGUGAGAGUGAUAUUACCCUACUGGGAGGGUGAAACUGAAAUACUGAUAAUUUUAAUAUUUAUUGAGCUCCCCUUUUCCUUUACUCCCUUAAAUAUUUUCUUUAAAGUUUAUAUUUUGCAGAUACCUCAGAAAUAAGCACAAGAUUUUAAAAAUGACUUCUGUUUCUUUAAAGUUAGACAGUUCUUUUUGUAAGAGUGAGGACAUCCUCCUAAAUCCAACUCAAGUUAAAAAAAUACAGAGGUGGCGGUGGCUCCGGGCCUGGCUGGAUUAAGGAACUCAGAUGGGUUCCUCCGUGCUCUGCAGCAUUCUGUCCAAGUUUACUUCGAAGGAAAGUUCUCUCCACCGAAAGACAGGAUAAUCCUCAUCGGCCCUGCAGCCCUGUGUGACAAAAUAGUUAACCCUUUUUUAGAUUCCCUGUGAAGGAAUGAAUGUCAGAUGGGCUGUGGAAGACAGGAAGGUUUAUAAGUCCUUCUCAUCACUUUUGUGUAAAAUUAUUUUGAAGAAUUUUCUUCUUUUUUUGUGGUAUAAAGGUUGAACUCUGGCCUUUCUUGCAUGCUGAGCAUAUGCUCUACCUCUGAGCUGUAAUCCUAGCCUUAAACAGUUCCUUAAGAAGUAAUUUUCCAUGGUAGCUCAGCUGAAAAGGCCCAGGGAGGACGUUGCUAGGUGCUGCUUGGGUUGCAGGACUUGCUAGACCAAGCCCUGUUGCCAGGACUUGGCAUACUGAAGUUGGUCUUCUCCGACUUAAGAUCCCAUUCUGUAAGUGAAUAUCCCACCUAAAACCUGAUUUUUAACUUUCCCAAAGGGAAAGCAAGGUAGGCAGUAGAAACAAAAGAAUAAGGAAAAAGCAUUUUGGAAGACAUAGCUGCUGGUGUAUUUACUACAUGAGUUACAGGGCUCAGUGGGCCAAAUGAAGUUCUUAGCGGACAGACCCAAGAAGAGACAAUGGCAUCACCCCAGAUUGAAGACUGCACAUGGUUCUGGUGGAAGCUGUUGCACUUAGCACACUUACUAUCAUCUCAGAAUAAUUAGGUUUCUUGUGUGUUCAGUAAAUUCCUCCCUGGCCCGGGACACUGAGCCCAGCAAGGCAGCCUGUUGACCACAAACUCUCCUGAUUAAAAAUCAGUUGUUCCUGUGGGCAUGAACUUCUUCAGAGAAAUGUUGGGACCAUUUUAAAAUGUCUUCUUGCAGUAGAAUCAAUAAUCCACAGCUGUGCCCCCACCCUUGUCAUUUGUUACUCUGAUGGAAGACUGGUCUCCUAUAAUGUACCUUGGGACCAAGUGAAGCUGAUACUCUGAGCUAAUAAGUCAUAAAUUACUGCCCCUGAGCUGAGCCCUUGUCUGAGAAUGAUCAGUGGCCCAGGGACAGCUUCCUGGUAUGUUUCUGCUGCUGACCUCCUGUGCUGUGUUCUAGGAAAUGGCUAGUGGUUGGUUCCAAUUCUCCUUUAAUGGCCAAGACACACACUGGGAUUUGCUUAAUCCCGUACCUAUGAAUAAAGAUGAAUGGAGCCUUGGUUAUGUAGCUCAGGUAACUGUACCCUGUUCCAUUCCAGACCCUGACUUUGCCAUAUAUCUGUUCCAAGACCCAGAACAGCUGGUAUGUCUCAGUGCUUCGAGCUCAUAAAGUGCAUUUCGGUGUAUGUGACUCACCUCUUACUUUGUUGGUGUCCAAAAGGCAGUUAAGAAAAUAUUUAAUGAUGCUGCUUAAAGGUAUCAGGUUUAUGUUUUAGAAUCUAGGUAAAAGAUAAAGACAGUAGAGAAAAAAAUAACAUGACACUACAAGAGAUGUAAAUCUGGAAGCCCAUCAGCUUUUCCUGCUUCUAAGAUUUAUGGUAGUUUCUCUGCUGCAUAAAUAAGUAUCGGUGCUAUUUAUAGUACCCCAGGACCUUUCCUAGUUCCACCAGCCACUGCAUGCAGACAGAGCGUAGGGAGUGGCUUUCGGUGUAAUCCGGUUUACCAGAAACAGCCCUUGUCUGCUGCAGUCACCAUUCAAGGUGACAUCCUUGGCUUGCAGGAAGGAUGGAAUGGAAGGUGGUUAUUGUUUGGGAGGAGAGUCCUCUCCGUAAGAGCAUCAGGAACCUGGCUCUCUGGUGUCCUCUCUUCUCUCCUUGGGACAGUCUGCAGCCCCCUAGGACCUGCUCCUGGCUCACUGGGUCUCAACCUUUUCAGAGCUAAAAACUAAGUUUGUCUGUUUCUGUCUUUUCUUCAACACUGCGUGUAGCAUGACCUGACGUCAGUAAGCAAGUGAUUGUAACGAUUGACUUUCUUUGUCUCGGUCGCUCUUCUCUACAGAUGUUUGCAGCUCUAUUUUUCCAAGAUUUCCUUUAUGUCAAAAGAACUUAGUUGUACCGAUUGUUGACACUCCCUCUCCUCUUCAGAGAGCUCCUCAGCUGCCGUUCUCUGCUGCUCAGCCAGAAGUCGCUGAAGUUCCUCUGUAGAUCAUCCCUGAGUAUUCUUCACCAGCUCCUCAGCACCACCACUGUCUGCCUGCAGGCCUGUGGACUCUGCUGCAGUACAGUGUCGUCAACCACAGGACAGCAAAGGCUCAGGCAUAGCCUUCAGAGUCUCUGUCCUGAUAGGCCACACUUUCUCCUGGCCAGAUCUCAGUGUCUUUAGAGAGACACUGGCCCAGGCUUUCUCAGUUAGCCUCACAAAGAAAGGAUGUUGUAAGAUUCCUUCCAGAGCUCUUUAAGGGUCAAAUCUGUAUCUGAGAUCACUUGGAAACACUUGGGAAGGGCUACUUGGUCUCUGGCUUCUUAAAGUCAGCUGUAACUGCUGGUCCUUAGGCUGUGGUAGAGGAGUUCUAUUAGGUGGGAGGAACAUAACUGAGAGCCACGGGAAUGUUUCAGCCAAUUCUGCAAAUCUCCUGGGUAAGCAGGAGCAUUGUCCAUGAUGAGGAGAGCUUGAGAGGUAAACCUUCGUCCUCUAGAUAUUUCUUAACAGUAGGAUAGAAAGCCUCCCUGAUCCACUUAAGCAAAAAUUCUCUUGUUACCCAAGCUUUUGCACUGGAUCUCCAUGCAACCUAUUCUUGGCACGUGGCAAUAAGGUUAGCCUUUCCUUUAGAGGCUUGUGGCCUACAUUUUCUUCUCUUCCUGGAUAAUAUGUUCUCCUGGGCAUUUUCUUUGAGAAAAGGCCAAUUUCAUCACAGUUGAGAACUUGAUGAAAGCAAAAGCCUUUUCUCUGUGUCUUCCUCUCAAAGUGGUGUGCAUAAUCUUCAACACCGCUUUUAUCAGCACUGGCUACUUAAAUUAUGUUUUAUGAGAUCCGCACUUAUGGCCCCAGCUUCUUUGCAAAUUACAGACUCAGAUAGGCUGUUGCCUGCCAUCUGCCUUUUGUUUAUCCACACUUACGGCUUUUCUACCUCAUCAAGCACUAUCGAUUGUGACUUACUAAUUUGAGUAACACCUUUGACAACACUGGCUUCCUUAUACAAAUCUUCUCUCAUAAGGUUGUCAAGAUGAUGAAUUUCACCAUGUUGCACAUAUUAAUGAGAUCAGUCACACAAACACUGCUCUCAUAUUUCCCCACAGUUUCCUUCUUUUUGAUUUUGAUUGCUUCCUUUACUUUCCUUCCUUCACUUCUUUUUGAGCUACUAUGGGAUAUUUAGAUAGCAUAAUUGUAGCAGUUAAAUAAAGCAUUAGCCAAAAUCAUGUCCACAAACAUGCAUGACUGGGCUCAGACAGACAGUUAGGUAAGCUUACAUAAACUUUUCUGGCAUCGCAGGUCUUUGCAUCUGAUAAGCAGCCAGCAUUUGGGUCAAUUAAACCUAAAAUAUCAGGUAUAACCCAAGUUACAUGCGAGGCUGGUCUUAACUUGAGGGUCCUCUAUAUGUGUGCAUGGAUAUACACAGAUCAGGUACUGUAAGACACUGACCUUCUAUAUUAUACACUGUGAUUUUUUUCUGUUUUUAAUUGUUUGAAUACUGAUCAUAACUGAUGGUUUAGAAAAUGCUGCUCCCUCCUGUCCCAUGGCAGUGCCCACCAUCUGCAUAUAGCAGCACUGCCACGUGGGUGAAACCUGUAGCUCACUACAGCACCUCGGGCAUUGGCGUGUUUUGCUGUGGGCUUUUCCCCUUGUGUCUCACACCAUUGUAUCUCUGUGCUGAAACUUUGAUAGGUAGAAGGUUUUCCUGUGUCUUACUGUGUUUUUGUCAAACUAAUCGUCUAACCACAGAAAUAAGCGGAUAACUUCAACCUUAUGUAACAAUGGGACUCUUUGCACUGACAGGAGAGCCACAUAGUGUGAUUUCUUCCUGCCUCUUUCAGUACUGGACCUGAAAUUAUGUACCACUUGUCCUUGUGUUUAUUGAUAAUAAGAAAUGCUAUCAUUGUCUUAAUACUUAUAAAAUAUUUUUUCAUUGACUUACUCAGUGAGCCUUCAUUAUUUCUUCAUCUCUAGCUCGCACUCAGUGAUGACUGGAGGGUUCUUUUGGGUCCCCCACACUGCAGGAGAAUACAGAAGGAUUUCUUGAUGGCAGCCACUCUUCCUGAAGAACACUGGAAUCUCAAUGUUGUUUUAAUUUGCAUCUCUCAAAUGACCAAUGAUGUUGAACUUUUUUUUUGUAUUUGCCAUUUCUUCUACUUUAUCUGAGAAGUACCUCUUAACUCAGAUGCCCAUUUUGGAUUGGAUCUUUAAAUUUGAGAAAAGUCUGAUCUUUUUCAGUUCUUUAUAUGUUCUAUAUCUUUAUCCUUUGAGGAACAACUGACUGAAAUUUUUUCCCACUCUGUUGGUUGUUUUUCCACUCUGUUGGUGAUUUCUUUUGCUGUGCAAAAGUAUUUAAUAAGGUUACAUCCCAGUUGAUGAUUCUUUGAAGUAGUUUCCAUGCUAUCAGAGUUUUAUUUAGGAAGUCUUUACCUACUCCCAUGUCUUCAAGAGUUCUGUCUCUUCUGUUUUCCAGCAGUUUGUGUCUGUUUUAAUAUUUAGAUUUUUGACCCAUUUCAAUGUUAGUUUAGUGUAUGGUGAAAGACAUGGGUCUAGUUUUAGUCUUCACCAUGCAGAAAGCCAGUUUUCUAGCUCUAUUAAAGAGGCUAUUUUCCUUCCAGUAAAUGUGUUUGCCCCUUUUGUUAAAGGUAAGGUGAUUGAGAGUGUUUGAAGUUGUUUCCACAUGUUCUUAUCUGUUCCACUGAUCCUCGGGUCUUCUUUUUUUCCCAGUACCAUGCAGUUUUUAUCACAACAGCUCUUUAGUAUAAUUUGAAGUCAGCAAUCGUGAUGCCCCCUGCCUUGCCUUUUUUCCCAGAAUUGCUUUUACUAUUCUAGGUAUCUUCUUAUUCCUCAAGAAAUUAACCAGUAAGGCCAGGGAUUUAGCUCAGUGGCACAAGCACCUGCCUGGCAAAUGCGAGAUCAUGAGUUUGAUUCCUGGUACUAAAAAAAAGAAAUAAACUAAAAAUGCUGACAGAGCUGUGGAGGGAAAGGAACCAUUUUCCACUGUCAAUGGGACAAGAACUGUAGAAGUCAGUGUGAAGAUUCUUCAAAAAACUAGGACUUGACAUGCCAUUCAACUCAGCUAUUCCCCUUCUUGGUAUCUUCCUGAAAGAAAAAUUUUACAUGCACACCUAUAAUCCCAGCACUCAGGAGGCUGAGGCAGGAGGAUUGCCAUGAGUUUGAGGCCAGGCUGGACUACAUAGUGAGUCCAGGCCACCUGAACUGCAUAGUGAGACCAUGUCUCUAAAUAAAUAAAUAAAUGCUACAUACUACAGUGAUAUAUGCACACCCAUGUUUAUAGCAGCACAGUCUGUAAUAAUUCUUGGAAACAACCCAAAUGCAAAUUAAUUGACACAUGAGUAAAAAAGUGUGUUUUUUUAUACAAUUGAGUACUCAGCCAUAUAGAAGGAUACACUUAAGACACAGCAAAUAGAUGCCCCUUGAGACCAUACUCCCAAGUAAAAUAAAUUGAACAGAUGUGUAAACAUCACAUCAUCUCUCCAGUGAGAAGCUGAAAGUGUAAAUAAGGACCAAAAUGUAUAGUAAAUAUCGUGAAAUAAACCAUUCAAAAGAAAAGGGGAACUAGAGAAGGGGAAAGGGAGGAAGGGAAAGGAAAACAAUGAGAAAAGAAAGAUAAAAUGGAGACAAAGCUUUGUAAAUGAGAAGAGCGGUUGAAGAGGGAGGGGAAUGGGAAAAAGUCAAGGAGGCGUCAAGAUAUAUUAUGUGAUCACGGUGUUUAUGCAAACUGUACCAAUGAGCUUAUUAAAGAAUUGAGAAUGAAAAUAAAAUCUAGGCUCAGAUUACAGUUCAUCCACUUCCUAGCUAAAUGACCAAGAAUCACUCUAAGGUCUUUAUUUUCUCAUUUUAAGGCGGGGCUGUAACAACAGUACUUUGUAUGCACAUUUAGUGUACUGCGAAUAAGCUCAGAAUCCUUAGGUCUGCUGUCCUGGCUUUCUCAGAUCCGUAUCUGUGCACCUCUCUACCCUCAUUUCUCAUCAGAGCCCGGCCAGGUGAUCCCCUCUCACUGCACGGAGGCUGGGAAGGGGGCACCACCUUAACAAGCUCACACUCUUCCAUUGCUUUGGGGUACCACUAAGGACCAAAAGCAAAUGUCUUUUGGAAAAGAAUAAAUAGGAGGGUAACUCAGAAGUACCUACCGCAGCAUUUCUUCUACAAACCCCUUGUGUCAAGGCUUGACAUGUUUUGUAUUAUUUUAGCAGGAGUGUUUUGCUGUUGGGGGUAAAAGUGUAACACGAUUAUUCACACUCUGUCUCUAAGAAUUUCUGAAACGCUUUCUUCUGCAAGAUGGAGGCAGAGCCUUGCUGAUGGAGAAUUGCUGUACUUGACUUUUCUUCCCAAUUCUGUAGGUAAAAUUAGGUCAGAGAAGGUUUAGGGGUAGGAGUAGGGAGUGGCCCUGCACAACAGGCAUUAAAUUUGCAAAACACUCAAGUAACUGAAAUAACUUUUUAUUUGUCGUUAUCAGUGAGAAAUAAAUUGGAACCUUGAAGUCAAGAAUCCCAGGUGAGGGGCUGGGGAUUUAGCUCAGUGGCAUAAGCACCUGCCUUGUAAGCAGGCGGUCGUGAGUUCGAUCCCUGGUACUGGUAAAAAUGAAAAAGACAAAAAAAAAAAAAAAAAAAAAGAAUCCCAGGUGCUUCCAUUUCCGUCUGCCCUUUCACAUUACUGGUGCUCUGUAUCAGGGCAAUUCAUGUGUGUAUGAAGGCACCCACUUAGGAAGACAGUGUUUGACAAGAAGCCAGUCUGCUCACUUCUUCACUUUCUGUGUAUAAGUAACCUCAGUCUGUUUAAGAUGAGUAUGCUAUGUGAAUUCUUCAUUAUUCAUUCCUGUGGGCUGGAGCUGGACUUAGUGGUGUUCUUCCAUAAUCUUAGCACUUGGGAAGCUGAGGCAGGAAGAUCACCAUAAGUUGUUUUUGUUUUUUUUUGUUUUUUUUUUUUUGUCUUUUUCGUUUUUACCUGUACCAGGGAUCGAACUCAUGACUGUCUGCUUGCAAGGCAGGCACUUAUGCCACUGAGCUAAAUACCCAGCCCCAAGAUCACCAUAAGUUUGAGGCCAGCCUGGCCUCCUUAGUGAGACCCCCAUAAAAAAAAAAAACUAAAAGCCAUGGGAGGUGGAGAUUUAAAAGCUGCAAACAAUUGUACUAAAGGCUGAGAUUUGAGCCUACAGUCAACCACGCUGAAUUUAAAUCCAUCAACUUAACUUUAAGGGUAAGCUUGGGAUGUGCACAGAAUCAUAAAAUACUGGAGCAGAAUCAUCUGCCCCAACACUGUCUGGGCUUGGGAGAUGAAACCAGAGCUGGUGACCUAUCCGGCUCCACACAGCUGCCAGUGGCAGGGCCAGGCCACGUUCUCAAUACCGUGUAAGCAUGGAUGUGGUUUUCAUUUUAGAGCAAAGAACAGCAGAAAAAUCGCCUGCUAGAACUCGCCAUGGCUCCCUCCCUUCCUUAAAGGGAGCAAAUCAAGGAGCCAAGAAAGCGGAGUGCUGUGUCAGGGAAAUGUGAAGCUUUCUGGUUUUGGAUUUCAGAGUGCACUCAGGCAGGCAGGCAGCCAGCUCUGGAGGUCACUGUGGACCGAGGAGCAGUGUGAGCUCCUGGAGCCUCGUGCCGCUGGCUGUGCUGACCCUGGGUUUGUGGCUCUAGCUGUUCAUACCAUCAGUGGUGGGGAGCUAAGGAAAAGUAAGGUCAUAGAAAAGGCCAAAGAGGCAUUACUCUGUUGUGUGCACACAUGGAAAUAAAACUGCAGUAACAGCUUUGGAGCCAGUCAGGGUGGUGUGACAUGGAGAUGAGAGAACCUCAGAACCGAAUAGCCUACCAAAGGGUGUGUAUCUAGUGCUCAGGAGUCUGGAAACGAGCUGUUGAUGCAGUACAGACAUGCUAUGUUUCAUAUCCGGGUGCUCAAGAAGUUAGCAUUCUUAUUCAAGAUUAAAAUGAGACUAAAAUUCAUAUGAAGAGGAAAUCUGUCUUGACUCUUCCCUCAAAACUUGCACAAGGAAGUUCUCUGUGUUCAUAAUAGAGGUCCCAGGAUCUCAGUACCAGUCUUUAGAGCCCUGUUCAACCCUGGAUUGCUGAUGAGUUUCUGAUCUGCAGAAGGGUCUUAGAAUUGGCGUUUCUUUUUUUUUUUUUUUUUUUUUUGUCUUUUUCCUUUUUUAUUGGUACCAGGGAUUGAACUCACGACUGCCUGCUUGCAAGGCAGGCGCUUAUGCCGCUGAGCUAAAUCUCCAGCCCCAGAAUUGGCGUUUCUAACAUGCAUUAACAGUUCUGAGUAAUACAGGUCACUUGAGGGCCAUGCUUUAGGAAAUUAUUGCUCUACUGUGGACAGAACAGCUUGCAAGCCUAGAGGAAUCCAUACUGGGAUGUUGGGUGGACACUGAAAGCCAGAAGUCACCUGUGUUCAUCCCUGGAGACAACAAGAGUCACUCUUGUGCUGGUUAUUGACUGGACUGGCUUGGAGUUCAAAUUCUCUCGUCUGGCCUCAUUGGUGGAAAUGAACCUGGGCCCUGUAAAUACUUCUCCCAGUAGUCUGGUGUCCAGCUUGGUCUGUGUGGGGCUCUGGAAGGACAUGGCUGGACGGAAGGCUUCAUGUGAGAUUCUUGUGUUCUCGCCAAGCGCCACAGCAAGGAUGGCUUCAGAUUUCCACACCCCACGCACCUGGCAGGCAGUAGCCCAUUGGGACCAGAGCUGUAGGGAAAGGCCCCAAGCAUGCUCCUCUGUCAUCCAGGGACCAGGCAGGGCCUGCUCCUGCAAAGCCUGGCUCCCCCUGCUGCAGGGAGGCCGGAGGGUCCUCGGUGAGCUGGCCUGGGCUCCAGCUCCUCUUCUGUCCUCUGUAGUACCCGCUUUACGUCUUACCAAUCCUUUGUUUAUUGUGUAUUUAUAUAAUAAAGAUAAUAUUAAACCAUC